AGAUAGGACGGACCUUAAGCGCUUUCUUCUGUCUACUCAAGCAAUUGAAUCUAUAUGCUUGCCCCCAUCCAAUAUAUCCUCUCUGCUAAUCAUCCUCUCCAAUACACAACCAUCCGAACCGACCCCAGUGACGUCAGCCCACUCCCUCCCUCCACCCCUCCCUCCGCAUCUCCAACUCCAACACCACCAGCACCUUCCCCCCUUCUACAGACAUCUCUCCUCAACCUCAUCCCUCCAACUCUAAUUCUUUUCAAACCCUCUCACACAAUCCAGCAAAACAAACCAGAAGCCCUCACAACCCUCCAUCCGACCGACCAAAACCCAACCCCAGACCCAGACCCAAACCCAAACCCAACAACCCACCCAGAAAAAGCAAUGGCAUUUCUCCUCUCACGCACAACGACCACCCUCGUCGGCACCACCCUCGGCCUCGGCCUCACCUUCACCCUCCACCCCCUCUCGCCCUUCCGCGCCGCGCCCCUCCAAUGCCAAUACUCCGCCCCCUCCGCCGCCACCGCCGCCGGCACCCCCGAAACCAACUGGACGGUGCCGUCGUCAUCCGACCCCACGAUCCUCAAACAAGGCCGCACGGGCCCGAUCCUCACGGCCUCGAACAUGCGGCAGGUGAGCUUGGGCAGCGUGCUGGGGCUGGUGGUGGGCGUGGGGCUGCGGGCGUUCUCGCGCGUGCUGGUCGUGUUGAUCGGGAUGGGGAUUGUGGCUGUUGAGUGGGCCGCGGCCAAGGGGUACAAUAUCCUGCCCGUCAAUACGGUCCAGAAGUACGUGAAGCGGGUGGAUUUGCAGGGCGCGGUGUCGAAGCAUAUCCCCUUCAAGUUGAGCUUUGGGGUGACGAUGGGGUUGGCUGCUUUUGCGCAGUUUUAGGUUUUGAUUGUUGUGGUGGUGGUGGUGGGUGUUAGUGGGUGGGUGAGAAGAACGGUUUAUGUAGAGUUAAAAUAAAUGGGGCCGGACUAAUUCAACUGAGCAACUUCAU